UUCCCAUCAAUGUUGUCACACAAACUUUUCAAACAAUGUGAGACGAGUAACGUUUUAGCCGACGAUGGAUUGCAAAGUUAUCAGUUAAAAGUUUGGAAGUUAUGUCGUAUAAUUUAAAAUAGUGUUUUCACUUGCGUAGCAAGUAAUACCAUUUAUGAUUUAUAAUGACUGAAAAUACACAAUUUAUUAACUGCUACACUGAACUGAAGAAAGGUUUGGAGGAUCUACAGAGGCAGAGGGAUAAACUUCAGUGCCAGAUCGAGAAACAACAUGAAGAGAAGGCACUUCUUCAAAACCAGAUUGAGAUGCUGCAUGCAAAGCUUUCACUUGUCAACGAUAGCCUGGUCAAGAACAUGGCCACCAGGAAUGCGUACGACAAGUCCAUCGCAGACGCGGAAGCAGCGUAUCUGAAGAUUGUUGAGAGUUCUCAAGUGCUCCUUAAUAUGGUGCGAAGGGAAUCUGCCAGUCUUCAUCAGAAAGUGUCCAAGGACUUUAGACAUGAAUCAUGACUGACAGUACAUGUCUUACAUAUUGUGAAAGUUUGAAAGUAAGUUACAACUUUGAAUAUGUAGGUACUGUAGGUCCUAAACAACAAAAAUCCAUUUUAACAUAUCAGGGUAUGGUGAUAUUAUUCAGUAUUCAUAGAAUAAUUUUAAAAAUUUCGGAACACUAUAUAAAACUGAAGACUUGGUUAAACCAUUGUAAUGUUGUUGCAUAUGUAUGUCAAACCAUGUUAUUUUGUUCCAAGGAGUAGGCAUCAACACUUUUAAAUAGCAUUGCAUCUUAUGGUAGGAAAUAAUAAAAUGUAUAAUUUUUCCAGGUUUCAAAGAUUUUAGACAGUGUGUUCUGUGAAUUUGAUAUGAAACCCUAAUUUGAGAAUUCAAGUAAUGAUAAAUAUGUAAAUAACUUAGUGUUUAAAAAGAAUUAUUUUCUCUAGGCGUACAUGUAUAAUCUGUCUAAUGUAACUUGUAUCAAAUUUGACAUUUCUAGAAAGUAGCAGUGUCAGUGGUUUACAUACAAAUUCUUCUGCCACUUGUUCUGUCAACCAUUUAGUAAAAUUCAUUUGGUUGUUCAGUAACAGAUGGAAAAUGGGUACUGUGAGUUCUGCUUUUUGAGAACUGUCAGAUUAGAGAUAUGAUAACUUGACACAGACCUAUAUAAUAUUUCAAAGCUACAUAUUGAAAUCUUUUUUUACUUUUGUUAAAAUUAAUUUGUUUAAAAAAUUAUUCCUUAGUGGAACAUAUCCAUGUUUUUGUGUUCCACUCCACAUGGGAAAAAUUAAUACUCCAUAGUGACAGUACUUAAUUGUUUACCUUCUUAGCAAUACAAUAUAAUUACAUUUAUUUAAUAUCUUUAUAAAA